AUGGGGUUAGGUGGUGAGAAUGCUAAGGUAGUAGUAGAGUCUUUGGAUGUGUGUAAAUCAAAAGGGAGAAAGAAGAAGAAGAAGCAAGAUGGGGUAAUGGAAGAUGAAGAAACUGAAACUGGGUGUUGGCUUAGCUUUAGGUUCAUUGGAAGCUGCAUUUCUUCAAGAUCCAAGGUUGAUAGCUCUGUUAGUGGUGCAAGUACUAAUUAUGCUGAAAGCAAAUCAACUAUUGAUACAAGUAGAGACCAGCCAUCGGUUCCAGUAGCCUCUUCGACAACCACUACUACUAGUAAUGCUGAAAGCAACUCAUCUGCUUCAAAACUUGAAGAGGAGCUUAAAGUCGCUUCCAGGCUGCGGAAGUUCUCUUUCAACGAUCUUAAGUUGGCAACAAGAAAUUUUCGGCCUGAGAGUCUUCUUGGUGAAGGUGGGUUUGGUUGUGUGUUCAAAGGAUGGAUUGAAGAAAAUGGAACUGCUGCAGUAAAACCUGGCACAGGACUUACCGUUGCUGUCAAAACCCUUAACCACGAUGGUCUCCAAGGUCAUAAAGAAUGGCUGGCUGAAGUAAAUUAUCUCGGUGAUUUAGUUCAUCAAAACCUUGUCAAACUUAUAGGCUACUGUAUCGAGGAUGAUCAAAGAUUGCUAGUAUAUGAGUUUAUGCCUCGUGGAAGCCUGGAAAACCACUUGUUUAGGAGAGCGUUGCCUCUUCCGUGGUCCAUUCGGAUGAAAAUUGCACUAGGAGCUGCAAAGGGACUCGCUUUUCUUCACGAGGAAGCGGAACGACCUGUAAUAUAUAGGGAUUUCAAAACCUCCAAUAUACUAUUGGAUGCAGAGUACAACGCCAAGCUCUCCGACUUUGGACUUGCGAAAGAUGGUCCGGAAGGUGAUAAAACCCAUGUGUCUACUCGAGUUAUGGGAACUUAUGGUUACGCAGCACCAGAAUAUGUCAUGACUGGGCAUCUUACAUCAAGAAGUGAUGUGUAUAGUUUUGGAGUCGUACUACUUGAGAUGAUAACUGGGCGAAGAUCCAUGGACAAAAACCGACCGAAUGGCGAACAUAACCUCGUGGAAUGGGCAAGACCGCAUCUAGGAGAAAGACGAAGAUUCUACAGAUUGAUCGACCCUCGGUUGGAAGGUCACUUCUCGAUAAAAGGAGCUCAAAAAGCCGCCCAUUUAGCUGCUCACUGUCUUAGCCGAGAUCCAAAAGCAAGACCACUAAUGAGUGAAGUUGUAGAAGCAUUGAAGCCUCUCCCAAACCUAAAGGACAUGGCUAGUUCAUCAUACUAUUUCCAGACGAUGCAAGCUGACCGUUUCAGCGCGAGUCCGAAUACUCGAAACGGUAAACAAGGAGCGUUCACGAGAAAUGGACAACAACAAAGGAGCCUUUCCAUAUCACAUGGUACUCAUGCCUCUCCAUUUCACCAUCAGAAUCCUCAACAUUCACCAAAACCAACCGGAAAGGCGUAA